GAGAUUGAACACCGUCAACAAAGGCAAAGCAGAGAGACACGAGCCACGGUUCUGGCCAUGAACACAGAGAGUGACCUCAUAUCCACAUAAAAAUAUUUUUUGACGCCGCACAAUUCUGCCCCACACAGCAGCCAGCGUAGCCCCUCACGAGAGUCACAUUUUGCUCCAGCGCAGUGGCAGCCGCAGGAAGGCCUUUUUUUCUGGCCGUGCUGGUCCAUUGCGGUUAGACUGGCCUUCCCUGCCGAAGCGUGGACUGUGUGCACAGUAGGUAUGCUGGUCUUUUUUUCUUUUUUCUUUUUUUGCAAACAAGCGAGCAGCAGCAAGCAGCAAGCACCUAGCAGUGGGCACAAACGCUCCCACACCCACACUCACACUCUCUCGCACCCUCUCUUCCACUCUCGUCUCGCCCUCACACUGCACCACCUUCCCUCGUCCGCCCCAGAGUCCGGACGCAAUUGACGUUCCCCCAGCUCCAACACGACCACCUGCCAGCUAGACACCGAACACCCCCCCAAGCGCUGCGGCACAGACCUGAUCGUCCUCCAAAAUGGCGGACCCCGCCAUCUCGGCCCUCAACUCCCUCCUCCGAGGCACCGACAUUGAGGACCACGCCGAGGCCCUCAGGCUGGCAAACGACGCCAUCCGCUCCUCUCCCUCAGCCGGCCCGGACCUGCACGCCGCCCAGCACACAAAGGUCGUCGCCCUCGUCAAGCUCGACCGCUACGACGACGCCCUGCGUGCCAUCAGCGACGGGGGCGAUCGCCUUGCCCAGGACUGCGCCCUAGAGAACGCAUAUGCCCUCUACAAGACCGGCAACCUCGAUGCUGCCGCCGCCGUCUGUCAUGACUUCUGUGCCAAGACACCAGCCUCGGCCGCCACCCGCGGCGCCCGCCAUGUGAGCGCCCAGGUUGCCUACCGCGCCGAGCGCUUCACAGACGCCGCCAGGGCCUACCGCGAGCUGCUCGACACCGUCUCGCGCGAGGGCCGCAUCAACGAGGAGGGUGACCUGCGCAUCAACAUGCUGGCCACUGCCGCCCAGAUCGAGUGGGCCGGUGCCGCCCACCACCUUUCCGAGUCGGAGCGCCAGCCCUCGAGGCAGGACAUGGAGGCCUUUGAGACCGCCUACAACGCCGCAUGUGGCUGCGUCGCCCGCGGCGAACUGCAGAAAGCCGAGGUGCUAUUGAAGAGGGCCAAGGCCCUGUGCGAGGCCUCGGAAGAUCUGAACUACGAGGAGAGGCAGGUCGAGCUCAUCCCAAUCCUUGUCCAGCACGCCUAUGUCCUGAUAAGGCAGGGGAAGCUGGACGAGGGUGCCCAGUUACAAAACUCCAUCAGCAUAUCAGACAUAUCCGACCACUCCACAAAGUGGGUUGCACAAAACAACUCUCUGGCACAAGAGCAGGGGUCCAACCCAUACAUGACUGCCCGCAUAGCCGAGUCGAUCAAGCCACCCACAGAUAACAGCAGGCCGUUUGAAUACCAAGCUGCAGUUCUCAGGCGGAACAAGGAGGUCAUUGAGUUGCAAUGCCAAAAAUUCAGUGGCGUCCGUUCCAGGGCGAGGACAGGUCUGGCCAGGGAAGACGCCUCAUCAGCACCCGACACGUCGCGUGAGGCCAGCAACUUGGGCGUGUUGCACGCCGCUGCUGUGUCGCACCUUCAGACCGGAAAGGAAGCCCUCAGGAGCAUAUUGCCGCUACUCGAGUCGCGCCCAGACGAUAUCGGCCUCUUGCUCACCAUCAUACAGCUCUACAUCCAAACAGAAAACCCAGCACCAGCCCUGUCUCUGCUGGAGGCCCUCUUCAGGCGUUUGGAAGCUGCCACAACGCCAGACCAUGCCGACACCCGCUUCUCCCCCGGCCUUGUCGCCCUCGCUGUCGCUCUCUAUCGCCUCCAGGGCCGCCAUGCUGCCGUCCGCGCCGAGCUGUCAAGGGCCGCCAUGCACUGGCAGCAACAGUCUGCCGCAGGGGGCAGUGACCUCCGCGACGGCAGUGCGCUGUCGUUGCUACGCCAGGCUGGUAUCGAGCUAUUGCACUCUCAAGACUCGUCAGACCUCUCCACGGCGGGCGCGGCUUUCUCCCGAUUAUGCGAGGAGCAGCGUGACCGCCUUGCCGAAGCAGGUCUCGUGGCAAGCUUCGCCACGAGCGACCCAUCCCGCGCGCAGCCUUACAUGGCCGACCUGACCCCCGUCGAGAAGCUGACGGCGGGCGUCGACGUGAGCGCCCUCCUUGAUGCCGGCGUGGCCUCUCUUCCUUCAUCAACCGCGGCCACUGCCACUGGAAGUAGGAAGCGCGGGGCGGCGGCACCGGCGGAUGGUGCGGCGCCGGCGAAGAAGCCGCGGCGUAGCCGAGCCAAGCUGCCCAAGGACUACGACCUGGAGAAGAAGCCAGACCCGGAGCGGUGGCUGCCGCUGCGCGACCGGAGCACGUACCGGCCCAAGGGUAAGAAGGGAAAGAAGAAGGCGGCCGAGGCAACACAGGGCGGCAUCGUCAAGGAGGAGGAGACGCUCGAGCUCGUCGGCGGGGCCGGGGCCGUCAAGGUUGAAAAGGCGCCUGCGGGCGGGGCGGGGGCCAAGAAGAAGAAGAAGGGGAAGAAAUGAAAGGGGGGAACGGAAUGAAUGGAUCACAGGCGUCCAUACAUAGGUAUGCCCCGCGAGAUGCCUCCCUUGUUUCUUGUUUUUGGAUAGGGCGGACUUGUGGGGACGCUUCGCUGCUCGAGGGAAGGGAGCUCCUCGUUGCACGAAUGCGACCCAUGCAGAUUGCUGACGGAUGGGUUGACGCCUGGGGGAAAACAUGUAAAACUAGAGUUUUGGUCUAAGUGGAAACAAAAACAUGUCACGACAUUUACCGCCCUGGCCACCAGGUGGACGAAAACAAACCAUCACCUGUAGAGAUUGCAUAAAACAGCAGCCAUGAUCGUCUCACGCAGUGUGGCUCAUGAGUUGAUACAACUGGAUUAUGCGUCAGCUCGAUUUUUUUUUUGUUGGUUGGUUCAGUUUUGGUGUAAGCGAUAUUCGAGGAGCUUCAAGUGAGAAAGGAGAAGGCACCCGACUGUGCUGUGCUGUUAUUCCGAGUUGAACAAUGUGUGUCUAUCGGAAAAUAGUUGGACAAAACAAUAACAAAAACAAGCAAAGAAAACCCCUAUUGUCCCCUUUUCGCGCCGACAAAACAACCAUGCCAUUCCAUCCAUCCGUCAUGAGGGGAAAGAAAAGAAACCAGAAAGCUCGAGGCGGUGGGAAAAGAAAGGAAGGGAGUUGGGGAUCACCACCUGAAGUGGGCGCAGAUCACCCCUAGUGUCACCGCUGGAGCUUGAGGCCAGUCCCAUGAGAGAUGAAGAGAGGGAGGAGACGUGGAAAAGUAGACAGAAAAGAAGAAGGGGUGAUGAUAAACAAAUAAAAAAAUGGAAGGAGGAAAGCACAAACCCGCGCGAGUUACGCGUCAAGGGUUUGUAAGAGUUAAAACACGUAACUAAAAGAAUAAAAAAAAACAGAAGCAAGGAAGCGUAAAAUUCAGGAGGGGAACGAAUAAAGGAAAAUGAAA